UAUGAGUGGUAGUAAUAGAUACAAGAGAUUYAAGAAAAACGAUACCACAGUGUCAUCGAUGACRACAACAACAACAACACCGGCUAUAGUAGUAGACAAUAGCURUAGUAGUCAUCAUUACAAUGAYUWCUGGUCUAACAAAAAGGAGUAYAAUAUGAUUGUCAAGAAAUUGUAUUUAGGAAGCGAUUUACCSGUCAAAGACAAGAGGCUAAUGGAUGUCCUCGAUAUCGGUCUGAUAAUAACCAUUGGCGAAGAACCGRUUGCCGAUAAYAAACGUUUCAAUGGUAUUAACUAUGUCUAUGUAGAGGCCGGCGAUUUUCCCGAUCAGGAYCUGCUGUCGAUGUUUGACUAUUGYUUCARACAUAUUACGAAAGCCCAUAAAAAUGACGCUUCAGUGUAUGUCCACUGUCGAGGAGGUGUCUCCCGAAGUGCGACAAUAGUCAUAGCAUUUCUUAUGCAAAAACAUCGACUGACUUAUUCGGAGGCCAGAAGACGGGUGGAGAAGAAGCGUAAAAUCUUUCCCAACGAUGGCUUUGUUCAGCAGCUGUUGCUAUUCGAGCGAAUGAAGUUUACCAUCGAUGGCUAUUGUCGAGAAUAUCGUGAAUUUUUGCUGAAGACAUUGACGUAUAAGCUGAGAUGUAUGGGUGCGCCAUCGCCACCAUCAUCAUCGGCGUCGUCGGGCGUCAAUAUACUGGAAACAACCAAUGAGUUGAUUAAGUGGAAACAGGAGACUGUCCUUCACGAAGCCAAUUGUGUUCACAAUUAUUUCGAUAAGAUAUCAUCGGCCGAACGGCUKACCGAAGAGUUGYUAUCGCCGCCACCGCCGCCAACACCGCAGCCGCUGACGCUGUUAAACAACAAAUCAUUGCUGAAGACCGACAACACGGACACAAACACCGACAACAACAACAACAAUAAGAAUAGCAGCAGAAGUAGAGGAUUAAAAUUUCAUUGUAUACUCUGUGGCUUUGAAUUGUUUAGUGARCUUAACAUUAUUGGCGGYCGAGGAGGAGGAGGAGGGGGUAGUGGUGAUGUUGAUGGCAGUGGACUUAGUGAUGGUCAUCAUAGUUAUGAUAGUGAUCUACUCGAUAGUGAUAAUCAUAGUCAUCAUCAGCAGCAGCAUUGUCGCACUAGUGGUAAUGGUGGCGAUGGUAGUGAUAAUACCAGUGUUUGUUGUGGUAAACUAUUUAUUGAACCACUGGAAACCUAUUGGACACAAACAACCAGUCGCGAUAUGCGUGCCGGACAUCUAAUGUGUCCCAAUUGUGAUACCAGUUUCGGUGAUUAUAAUUGGCUACUGUUUAGCUGCGAUGUCAACGAUUGUCUACAYAAUCAAUACAAAGAGUGUUUGGCUUUGAAAGUCAGAUCCGAUAGAGUUUAUUGUCAAUUAUAG